CAACCAGCAACUGCACCCGACCCGAGUCAUAACAAUCGUCUAAAUAAAUAAUUUUGACCAAAGGUAAACUGGUAAUUAAAGCCAGCCUUUGCGUGGAUUCUUUGGUUUUCGCGAUAACCAAACAAAAAGAUAAAUAUUCUGAAGACAUGUUUUGGAAAUGAUAAAUUCAUGGAGGAUAACACGGUUAUCAAUAUCCACCCUGCCGAAGAUUCGGUGAAAAUGGGCGAUUAAUGUACCGAAGAGGUUUUUUAUGCCCAAAAUAUAGGGAAUGAUUCAACUGGCCGAAAAGGACGAACAGUAUCGCAUUUCCCGAAACGUGAAGUGACACAUUCACUCCCAAGUUGGAUACUAGCUAGUCAGCUACGCCACUGUCCACAUAUUGCUAGUUAGUUCAUCACGACUGCCAACCAUCUUCCGAUUCGGAUCGAUCGGCUACGGCUAGUAACAUCACCAGCUCGGCUGCUAGCUAGCUACUACUAGCUUGCUAAAUUAGUUAGGCUAACCUUUGUUGCCACCAACAACGUAAGUUCGGAACUUGGAAUAAUUUCCAUCUGCCAACGCAACGCAAGCUUGCUAGUUAGCGUUUGAAGUAUCUUUGGUUUCGUGAAUUUUAGCUCUUUUAAACUCUCGGUGUCCGAAAGAGCAAGCCUGCUAGCUAACGAUAGCUACUUGCUUCGGCAGCUGGAGACGGCUAGCUAGCAGCUAUCAACUAUCAACAUCUGUACACUGCCGAUGCAAUGGUCGCAUUGUUAACUGUUUUGGUAGAGGAAUGCUCAUUUGGUGGAUAUUCUGAGGCAGCGGGCCGCACAGAAUAUUGCACCUCUCAGUUCCAACCACAGGCCACACUAUAUACUGUUUUGAUGUGAAAAGUGGCCGUGAACACACAUCGCUCACUGGCUGCAAGAUAGCGCACGAAGACCGGCAGCUGAAGCCAUGCAAGCGGCCCAGGUUCAGUACGACUUUUUCAGCGAGGAGAACGCACCGAAAUGGCGGGGGCUAUUGGUACCCUCCCUGAACAAGGUGCUGAGCCAGGUACAUCCCAAACUGUCGUCCCAGGAGGAUGCGCUGCAGUACAUCGAGGAGCUGAUCCUGCUGCUGCUCAGCAUGCUCUGCCAGGCACAGCCACGCAGCGUGCAGGAUGUGGAGGAGCGAGUGCAGAAGAGUUUCCCUCACCCUAUCGAUAAGUGGGCUAUCGCCGACGCCCAGGCAGCCAUCGAAAAGAGGAAGAGGAGGAAUCCUUUGGCCCUGCCAGUGGAUAAGAUCCACCCGCUGCUCAAGGAGGUACUAGGGUACAAGAUUGACCACCAGGUGUCGGUGUACAUCGUGGCCGUGUUGGAGUACAUCUCAGCAGACAUCCUGAAGCUGGCAGGGAAUUACGUGAGGAACAUCCGCCACUACGAGAUCUCCCAGCAGGACAUCACCGUGGCCAUGUGUGCCGAUAAGGUUCUGAUGGACAUGUUCCACCAGGAUGAGGAGGACAUCAGCGGUUUUCCCCUGAUGGACGAGGAGCCGUCCACCAGCGAGGAGCAGACCUACUACGACCUGGUCAAGACCUUCAUGGCCGAGGUCCGACAGUACCUGCGCGACCUCAACCUCAUCAUCAAGGUGUUCCGCGAGCCAAUUGCCUCCGACGCCGGACUCUUCUCCCACCAUGACGUGGAGAACAUCUUCAGCCGCAUCGUGGACAUCCACGAGGUCACCCUCAAGCUGCUGGGCCUCAUUGAAGACACGGUGGAGAUGACAGACGAGGGGAGCCCACACCCGCUGGUGGGCAGCUGCUUCGAAGACCUGGCCGAGGAGCUGGCCUUCGACCCCUAUGAGACGUAUGCUCAAGACAUCCUGCGGACUGGCUUCCACGAUCACUUCCUCAGCCAGCUGUCUAAACCGGGAGCUGCCUCAUACCUCCAGUCUAUAUGCGAAGGCUUUAAGGAAGCAGUCCAGUACGUCCUGCCCCGGUUACUCCUGACACCUGUCUAUCAUUGUCUCCACUAUUUUGAGAUCUUAAAGCAACUGGAGGAGAAAAGUGAGGACGAGGAGGACAAGGAGUGUCUGAAGCAGGCCAUCACGGCGCUGCUCAAUCUGCAGAGUAGCAUGGAGAGGAUCUGCUCCAAGAACAUGGCCAAGAGGAGGCUGAGCGAGUCGGCCUGCCGCUUCUACAGCCAGCAGAUGAAGGGCAAGCACCUGGCCAUCAAGAAGAUGAACGAGAUCCAGAAGAACAUUGACGGCUGGGAGGGCAAGGACAUCGGCCAGUGCUGCAACGAGUUCAUCAUGGAGGGGACGCUGACACGCGUGGGCGCCAAACACGAACGGCACAUCUUCCUCUUCGACGGCCUGAUGAUCUGCUGCAAGUCCAACCACGGCCAGCCGCGCUUGCCUGGCGCUUCGUCCACCGCCGAGUACCGCCUCAAGGAGAAGUUCUUCAUGCGCAAGGUGCAGAUCAACGACAAGGACGACAAGGAGGGCGAGUACCGGCACGCCUUUGAGAUCAUCCUCAAAGACGGUAACAGCGUGGUGUUCGCCGCCAAGUCGGCCGAGGACAAGAAUGGCUGGAUGGCGGCGCUCAUCUCGUUGCAGUACCGCUCGACGCUGGAGCGCAUGCUGGACUCGGCCAUGCUGCAGGAGGAGAAGGAGGAGCAAAUGAGGCUGCCCGGGGCGGAGCUUUACCGGUUCGCCACGCCCGACUCUGAGGAGAACGUGGUGUUCGAGGAGAACGUGCAGUCCAAGUCGGGCAUCCCUAUCAUCAAGGCGGGGACAGUGCUCAAGCUCAUCGAAAGGCUCACCUUCCACAUGUAUGCAGAUCCAAAUUUUGUCCGAACAUUUCUAACAACCUACAGGUCCUUCUGCAAACCUCAGGAGCUGCUGGGUCUUCUUAUGGAGAGGUUUGAAAUCCCAGAGCCAAAGCCCACAGAGGCAGACCAGAUGGCCAUAGAGAACGGAGACCAACCUCUCAGCGCCGAACUCAAACGAUUUCGCAAGGAGUUUGUCCAGCCAGUCCAACUCCGAGUACUGAAUGUAUGUCGCCACUGGGUGGAGCACCACUUCUAUGACUUUGAGCGGGACUGCCAGUUACUCAAGCGUCUGGAGGAGUUCAUUGCAUUGGUGCGAGGCAAGGCCAUGAAGAAGUGGGUGGAGUCCAUCACCAAGAUCAUCCAGAGGAAGAAGCAGGCGCAGGCAAACGGGCCCAGCCACAACAUCACCUUCGAGAGCUCGCCGCCGCCCAUCGAGUGGCACCUCAGUAAGCCGGGCCAAACAGACCAGUUUGACCUCAUGACCCUCCACCCCAUUGAGAUCGCCCGACAGCUCACACUGCUCGAGUCCGACUUCUACAGGGCGGUGCAGCCAUCAGAGCUGGUGGGCAGCGUGUGGACGAAGGAGGACAAGGAGCUGAACUCGCCCAACCUUCUGCGCAUGAUCCGCCACACCACCAACCUCACAUUGUGGUUCGAAAAGUGUAUCGUAGAGACGGAGAACCUGGAAGAGCGGGCAGCGGUGGUGGCGCGUAUCAUCGAGAUCCUGCAGGUGUUCCAGGAGCUCAACAACUUCAAUGGCGUGCUGGAGGUGGUCAGCGCCAUGAACUCCUCGCCCGUCUACCGGCUAGACCACACCUUCGAGCAAAUUCCAAGCCGACAGCGGAAGAUUCUGGAGGAGGCCCACGAACUGAGCGAGGACCACUACAAGAAGUACCUGGCAAAACUCCGCUCCAUCAACCCCCCCUGCGUCCCCUUCUUUGGGAUCUACUUGACGAACAUCCUGAAGACGGAGGAAGGCAACCCUGACUUCCUGAAGAGGCAUGGCAAGGAGCUGAUCAACUUCAGCAAGCGACGGAAAGUGGCCGAGAUCACCGGGGAGAUCCAGCAGUACCAGAACCAGCCCUACUGCUUACGGGUGGAGAGCGAUAUCCGGAAGUUCUUUGAAAACCUCAAUCCAAUGGAGGACAAGGCAGAGAAGGAGUUUGCUGACUAUCUGUUCAACAAGUCGCUGGAGAUCGAGCCUCGGAAUGCCCGGUCGUUGCCUCGAUUUCCCAAGAAGUACAACUGCCCGCUCAAGUCGCCCGGCGUGCGCCCGUCCUCGGUGCGCCCGGGCACCAUGCGCCACCCGACACCACUGCAGAACGAGCCACGCAAGAUCAGCUACAGCCGCAUCCCUGACAGCGAGAUGGAGAGCGCCGCCUCUGCGCCCAACUCGCCGCGCACGCCCCUCACGCCGCCGCCGGCCUCGGCCGCCUCCAGCUCCACGGACAUCGGCAGCGUGUUUGACUCGCCCCAGGGCCCCUCCAGCCCCUUCCACUCCAGGUCCUCCUCAGUUUCCUCCAUGGUGAGUCUCCACAGGAGCACUGAAGACGCCACCGUCCCCCCGCCUGUGCCCCCUCGCAGACGCCCCGAAUCCGCCCCCGCUGAAUCUUCCCCUUCGAAGAUGAUGUCCAAGCACUUGGACAGCCCCCCCGCCAUCCCACCGCGGCAGCCCACCACCACCAAGGUCUACUCACCGCGCUACUCGCUCUCGACCGAGCGCACCUCCUUGUCGGAGCCGCCUGACAGCCCACCCACCCUGCCACCGCGGGAGCCCGUGAGAACGCCGGACGUCUUCUCCAGCUCCAACAGCCCCCUGCACCUGCAGCCACCCCCGCAGGGCCGCAUCCGCAGCAGCGAACCCACGCUGAGCCAGACCUUCUUCCCCCCCUCGCCGUUCGGCCCGCUCACCCCGCCACCACCCCCGACUCCCUCGCCCUCGCUGGGGCCGCGCAAGCACCUGCCCUCCCCGCCCUUACCACUGCUGGGGCCCGGCAGCCCAGACUGCUGCGGCGACUCAGCCCUCCUCCCUCUGGGGGGUGCAGCUGGCCCCCCUGUGCCCCCCCGCCAGAGCACCAGCAGCGCUGCUGCCCAAGCCAUCCCCAAGCUCCCCCCCAAAACGUACAAAAGGGAGUCGGUGUCAUACCCAUCCCUAGCGCAUCGAGACGGCCCGCCCCUGCUGGAGAAUGCCAACCCCUUUUAAAAAGACUUGUGUAUGUAAUCUGGGGCAAAUUAUUGAACACUAAAGAGUUGGACAAAAAACAACAUUAAUUGUGAUGUUGACUUUGAGAAGAAAAAAAAGACAAUACCAGUGUAGGUUCUUAGCUACCUGGAAAAAUAAUCAUGUGCCCUUGUAAAAAAAAAAAAAAUACUUAAACGAAAGAUGAUUGUCCUUUUUCAUUCGUGCAGACCAUUUGGAGAUUCCCUAUAAAAAUCCUUUCGGGGGGGGUAUCUUACUGUUUGUUUUGUUGUGUGUGUUUGUAUGUACAGUAUGUCGUUUGUCAUUGUCCAAUGUUUAUUUCAUUAUUUCAUAUUUUUUAAGUGAAUCGAUUGCAGCAUUACUUGUCUAUGAGCUCGGUGGCCUACCCAUGCACAUACAGCUUGAACCGUAAUAAACCAUGAACAAGUACCACACAAGUCUACUGCUCGCUGGAGGACGGAACGAUAAAGACUGCAGCCCAGUUUGUACAGACUCCAGGAGAAAUCCACAAACUUAAUAGUGUUUUAACUCCCUGUGUAUGGGCUAAACGAUCUACUAAAGUGGCCCAUAUUGACCAGAGACGGACCAGAGAGGACUCAAGCUACCACGGUGUUGCAAACCCAUUCAACUCCCCCAUAACAAAUGUCUGUCGUUCAAUCCACCUCACUCAGAUGGAAAAAGGAACUUGGGAAAUCAUGUUGUUAGAUGGUGUUUAAGGCUUUGUGUAGAAACUCAGUCCGAGGCGAGCGUUUAGUUUUUUUGUGCCAGUAGAUCGACCAGAGUACCAUGAUUUAAGGCAGGGUUUCCCAACCUCGGUCCUGGGUGCAUGUUUUGUUUUUUUGCCUUAGCACUACACAGCUGAUUCAAAUAAUCAAAGCUUGAUGAUGAGUUGGAUAAUUGAAUCAGAUGUGUAGUGCUCGGGCAAAAAAAACUAAAUGUGGGGGGCCCAGGACCGAGUUUGGGAAACCCUGAUUCAAGGUACCCAUCCACACCAAAGAGGUACUUUUCAAGAAACACAAUAAGUGAUUGUUCUUAAGUUCGUGUUAGUACUUUUAUGUUCUGAUUCAUUUCUGCCAAUGAGUAUGUAAAGAAAAUUACGAUUUGAUUUCUUUAAACAAGGGAAUAAAAGUGUUUCUACCACCCUA